GUGUAUUUCUUGUAAAUGGAGGGCACGGCGGAUCCCCAGAUCCAAAUUAAAGAGUCAGAGAAUGAGAGUUUGAAACGGAAAGCUGGAUCCAAGAGAAGAAAUUCCUCCAUCAACUCUGAAUCAGCCACCCCAGAAAGCUGCAGCUCAAAGCGGCCUCCACUGCGACGAGGAAGCUCUUUCACCUUCCUGACUCCAGGGCAGAACUGGGAUUUCACUUUGAAAAGAAAACGAAGAGAGAAAGAUGGUGAUGCUGUUAGUCUGUGCAGUUUUGAUUUUAAGGAGCCAAGUAACAAACGGGUUCGACCUCUUGGAAGGGUAACAUCACUGGCUAACCUAAUCUCACCUGCAAGAAAUGGCGCUGUCAGGCGUUUUGGACAAACAAUCCAGUCCAUCUCGUUUCGAGGGGAAGGCAAGUCACCAAGCGGUUCCUUGAAGUCGUGCAGCAAAGCUGCAGCCCCAACCCCACUAAAGAGGCGUAACAGCACACUUUGGUCUGAGACUCUGGAUGUUUCCAUGAAAGGAAACUUUUCAGCUAAAGAAAUCAAGAGGCAGGAGGCUAUUUUUGAACUGUCUCGAGGGGAAAAAGAUUUAAUCGACGACCUCAAGUUAGCCCGGAAGGCUUACCAUGAUCCCAUGCUGAAGCUGUCUAUUAUGUCUGAGGAAGAACUCACUCAUAUAUUUGGGGAUCUGGAUUCAUACAUCCCUCUGCAUGAAGAUCUCUUGGCACAACUUACAAAGGCAACAGGGUCAGAUGGAACUGUGGGACAAAUCGGUCACGUAUUUGUAAACUGGUUGCCAGGCCUCAAUGCUUAUAAAGAGUACUGCAGUAAGCAGCUGGCAGCAAAGACACUCCUGGAUCAGAAAAAGCAGGACCGCAGAGUACAGGACUUUCUCCAGCGCUGCCUGGAGUCUCCAUUCAGCCGCAAGCUGGACCUCUGGAGCUUCCUUGACAUUCCACGAAGCAGACUGGUUAAAUAUCCCCUGUUGCUGAAAGAGAUUUUAAAACACACUCCCAGUGAUCACCCAGAUGUGCAGAGUCUGGAAGGAGCGAUUUCCAUAAUCCAUGAAGUCCUUUCUGGUAUCGAUCUUAAGAAAGGUGAAUCUGACUGCCAGUAUUUUAUUGACAAACUGGAGUAUCUUGAUGACCGGCAGAAGGACCCGCGUAUUGAGACGAGCAAGACAUUGCUCUGCCAUGGAGAAUUACGGAACAAAAGUGGAACAAAACUUUAUGUAUUCUUGUUCCAAGACAUCAUGAUUUUCACUCGCCCAGUUACCCGCAAUGAGCGACAGUGUUAUCAAGUGUAUCGUCAGCCUAUCCCAGUGCAGGACCUGGUUCUUGAAGACUUGCAGGAUGGAGAUGUCAGAAUGGGAGGCUCGUUCAGAGGAGCUUUCAGCAACUCGGAUAAAGCUAAACAUAUUUUCAGGGUGCGAUUCCAAGACGCAACUCAGGGUCAGUCCCAUACUUUGCAAGGCAACGAUAUCUUCCAUAAGCAACAGUGGCUCAACUGUAUCCGUACUGCUGUAGCAGCACACCAACCAGCCCAGUCCCCAACAAGAGAAAGGGAGCUCCCACAGCUUAAUGAAGAACCAGAAUGCUGUUCACCUAAGGCAAGAAACAUCACAGUGAAGAGGCGGUCAUCAAUCCUUUCUGGCAUUGUCCAUAUGGAGGCAGAUGAAAACACUUUCCAGACUGGUAAUAUUGAGAACACCACAGAGGAAAUUGAAAAUGUACAAACUUCAGUUCGCAAAAAAACAUCUACACAGAAAACAAAAAAAGAAAAGUCCCGGUCAAUAGGGAAAAGAAAAGAAACGUUGGUGUAAAUAAAAGCCAUUGCUGGACGUGAAAGACUAUUUUUAAACUUGUUUUCUAAGUAAUGGAGCAGUGUAAUAUUCUUCUAAAUGUUUUUCUUUGUAUAUAUCUUUUUAAUGGCAGCUACUUCAAUGCAGGCAUCUGUAUUGAAAACCUUAGGGUCUGUUUUGGGUUUGAUGAAUAGCUACAGUGUUGUAAGUGUUCAGAGGUUAGACUGGCUUUUAUGGUAGAACCUUUUCUGUUCCAGCGCCCAGUAGAGUGACAGUUAAAAUUGGUUUUACAGCAUUUGUUCAAUUUUCAUAAAUCAUUUUUAUUUUAUUUUUUAAUAUAUAUAUACCAGUACUGUAUUAGCAUUUUAGCAGUCGUUAAACAAUGGAAUUUGAUUCAUUCACGUUGUAAAUUGUGUGAGAAAUGUAAAUAAGUGGACAGGAUUUUAAAAACCAGACCCCAGAUUCAAUAGUUUAUACUGGAACACACUGUCUUACAAAUGUAUUUGUACAUUCUUUAUUACACAGAUUUUAUCCUGCCAAGCCAUGAAUUUACUAUAUUGGUUUUUUUUUUUUCAUUAAAUUACAUUUAGAAUAUUUUGUUAUUUUUAAGUUUUGUUAAACAAUCAGCAUUUUUUCAUAUAUAACACUUCUCUUUUUUAAUGUGGUAUUUUUUUUUUUUUUUUACUGAAAGAACUAUAAACUGAGCCACAAUGGGUUUGAGCUAAGCUAUAAAACAGAACAAACCAUCCAAUGUAGCAGCUUGCAUGAUGAUAUUUUUGUUGUUCCUGUAAAUUGCUUUUGUGGGGGACUACUGAGAGAGAACUGCCAUUUAAAUGUUUGAAAUAGAGGUAAAGUGGUAUGUUACAGAAGGUUAGUGAGGAAGAUAAAACUGAAAGGGAAAAAAUGGUGCACGUUGAAAAUGUUUUGUAAUAACAAAAUGAACAGAGGAAAGGCUUCUGUGCAAAUUGAUCAGCAUGUUAAAGAAUACAAGCAUUGUGCUUUUUAAAAUGUGUUUUGCUCAUAUGUGGGAUUUCAUUUUGGUAUAAAAAGCUAAGAAGUAUGAAAAAAGGUAUGUUGGGGAAGAUGAGUUUUGCAGAAAGAUGUGGCAUGUUGUAACUUGGACUGUAAAUAUAUGGAUAUUUAUGAAGGGGCAGUUCUCUAUGUGGUGUACAAUAUCAAAUUAUGAAGUACAAUAAAAUUCUGUGUAAGGAAA